AUGGACUGUGUGUAUAACUCAGUGGGCCCCCUGUCGCCCUUCUUAUGGCCUGCGCCACAUGCCAACUUGGUGCCACCUGGUUAUUCACCAGGAACCGUGGCUGAUACAAUGCUUCACAUCAGUGACCUCACACUCAGUCUCGAUGUGCUCGCAAAAGCAUUGGAUCACUCAUAUCAUCCCGUUCUUUACGCGAUGGAGACUCAUCAGCUUCACACACGGGUACUUUACAAGCGUCAGUUUGAUUUGAUGCAGUAUGGAAUGGUGCUGGACGAGGUGGAACGGCUCGUUAUUGUCAGGAUGCCUGCGCUCUGUGGAGACUCCGGUAAGAAAGUUUCACAGGAAUAUGCCGCACUUUGUGAGGAUGAUCUCAACAGCGCUCCAUGUGCCCGCCAUCCCAUUCUUCCUGAGCAUUGUCUCAUAGUUUAUCAACUUCCUGCCAAAGGUGAUGGCAACGAUGCCGUGCCUACGCCGUUGUUCCGACUUGUGUUUCGAAACGAGUCCUUUAACGAGAGUAUGAAAAGAGAACUUGCAGAUAAGUUUCCGCUCUACCGGCUUCGUUCAGUAUACGUGUCACACAAGAUGUAUUACCCCCUCCGUCAUCAGGUACAAUUGUAUAAUGAAGCCUCAGCUGAGAGUGUGGAUUUACCCGACUUUGAUUUGGAAGAAUCCUUAGGGUUGAAACCACUCCGCCAACUUCUCACAGCAUGGAUGAUGGUUUUGGAAGGAAUUGCACCUUCGUGGUUGGUGGACAAGGGUGUUGGACCCGAUGUUGUUACUCUUUUUCUUGCCCACCACAGGCCAGAGGGAAAGUAUGAUGUAAAAGAGGUGUUACAGGCGUACGACCAACUUCCUGUAGAAAAUCGCGUUCGAUGUUCCUAUUACUUAACAGCAAAGCGUAUGGAACAGCGCAUCAAAGUGAUGCCGCGUUUCCCCAACAUGAUAAACACGUGGAGGAAAGGUUCCUACGAUGUGGAGUACUUCAGCGAAGUUGCUUCCGGGACCGAGCCAACGAAAUGUUUGGCGCCCUGUUUCCGGAUGUUGCUUUGUAACAGGAAACCGGGAAGAAACUAUGUUGAGGAUGAUGAGGUUGCCGCAUUCAUACCAACAGAUGCAGAAUGCGAACCACUGCAGGUCUACAACACACUGGCGGCGGAACGAUUACGCUUAUGGGUUCUCAAAGGUCUUCUCACGGCCGAGCUGCAUGGUAUACACAACCUUAUGAUUGAAUUUGAUGUCGCCAUGGUGGUUUCCGAAUGUGUGGGUCUCCUUUGGGGCGGGGAUGAGGAACAACGCCGGCGGGAGGUUAUAUUUCAUGUAUGUAAAAUUAUUGUAGAAACCGUAGAAGAUUAUGUGCAGCACAGCGGUGUUAUCUGGUGUGCUACCAUUGUCACGUCCGAUGAAGAAUCCAUCCGGUCUGCAGAACUCUGCAAGGAUAUUUUGGAGGUCACGCAGAUAGCAAAGGCCCGUGUCGAGAUUGAAGAGGGACUGCGGGUCGCUUCAAGUGGGAAGGAAGAUACUGAAGAGGCCCCAUCCGCAUCCUCAGAAACAGGUGUUAGCACGCCAGGUGACGAAAAGGAGGCCCACGAACAAGUGGAUGAAGUUGCGGCGGAUCCGGUUGAUAACCUGUUGUACAUCCCAGGAACAUUUCAGACUAUAACUAAUUGUCAGAUAGGAGUUGUUCCUUGCAGGCAACCAUUCAUCACUGCUUCAAAGAUUUCAGAAGAUGUGAGAGAUCGUGCAAUGCGUUGUGGUGUGCGUCUCAGUGAUGCCGAACUGUAUCCUAUCUUCCUUGCCCUUUCUGGUGGAGAAGAGACGGUUCCCAUAAGUAAAGUGGUGGGCCUCAUUUUGGAAAAGCAGGAGGAGGCAACCAAUACUGGUGGCAGGAGGGCGAGAGGAAGUUGCAGUAUGUUGUGGCCUCAUGAUCAUCCGAUAUGUGCACUUGACUUCUGUGGUGUGCCAUGGGAUGUGGUGAGUGUUACAAACUUCGUAAAGGGGUUCCAGAGGCGCCCAUACCGUGCAUGGGGGACAAAAGAUUACAGAGCGUCACUCAUGAUGUCUGGCCGAUGUGAAGAGUCGGACACACUGAAUUAUGUGGAAUUCUCAAUCAUGAUGCUUGCAUUAGCUCGCCAGUAA